UCCAAUCUCAAACGAGGCUGACGCGAAGGAGCGAGGAGAUCUCUUUCCGAUUGAUUUCCUCGAUUUCCCAAGCGAUCUUCUGCUUCUUCGAUCGAGUUCGGCCGAUCUCGCCUUGUUUUUCGUCGGAUUUAGAUUCAACAAUCCAUCUUUUGUUCAGAUCGACCUGGUUUUCUAGGGUUAGGUUUUCGUUUUGGGGGCUUUUUGUAUUGUAGAAGCGCAGGUUUUUGAAAUCAUCGACGAUGUUUAGCAAGAUCUUUGGGAAGCCCAAGGAGCAGAGUAAUGCUCUCGCCACGCUUGACAAGCUUAAUGAGACUCUAGAAAUGCUAGAGAAAAAGGAGAAAGUUCUUCUUAAAAAGGCGUCUCAAGAGGUUGAAAAGGCAAAGGAGUUCACUAGAGCAAAAAACAAAAGAGCUGCAAUACAAUGUCUAAAGAGGAAGAGGCUUUAUGAGCAACAAGUUGAGCAGCUUGGAAAUUUCCAAUUAAGGAUUCAUGAUCAGAUGAUUAUGCUGGAAGGUGCAAAAGCAACCACAGAAACAGUUGAUGCUCUGAGAACAGGAGCAGCAGCAAUGAAGGCUAUGCAGAAAGCAACUAACAUUGAUGACGUUGACAAGACGAUGGAUGAGAUAAAUGAACAGACAGAGAACAUGAAACAAAUUCAAGAAGCACUGUCUGCACCUAUUGGGGCAGCUGCUGACUUUGACGAGGAUGAACUCGAAGCGGAACUCGAAGAGUUGGAGGGGGCAGAGUUGGAGGAACAACUUCUGCAGCCAGCGACUACUGCUCCUGCUGCUACAGUACCAGCCGUUCCGGCUGGCAGGCAACCAGUUCGCCCUGUGCCACAAAAGAGUACAGCUGAAGAUGAUGAGCUUGCUGCACUACAAGCAGAAAUGGCUCUGUAGUCUGGGCUCUUUUGGGGAACCAUGUGAUCUGAGAACAAGUCAAAUGAAGGGUUAUGUCUUAAAUCAUAGUCACAGAUUACGUAUAUCUUGUAUAUUUUUAUCGUCAAUAGAACAUUCUCCUUGUAAGAUAUAGCAGGCAUUGAUUCAUGAAUCCAGGGAGGUUGAUGUUUGUGUAAUCACAUAUUCCUUGUUAAGGCCAGUGCUGAUUCUUGGAUACUCAGGAGGAGAAUGGAACUUUGUGCUUCUUGAUUGAAUCUCCUUUAGUUGUGAACAAAACUUUGAGCUUUCAGCAACUUAUGAAAUAUAUGCAAUAAUGCACAGAUCUAAAGUGUUCAUGCCAAA